AUGCCACAGAUCGAUACGGCAAUUCGUGGUCUCUGGAAUGAUAAGAUAGCACAGUUAGCACCAAUUCUAGGAAAGAUUGGGUACUUGGAAAGUGUUAGUCAGAACUCCGAGUACAUUACUGUUAUCAGCGACGCAAUGACAAAUGUCGGCGCAAGAAGUCAGAAUAAGUCGCUAGGAAGGUCCAUUGAAGAGCUGGGCGGUAAUGGUGGGAUAGAAAGAAAACUAUGGGGGUGUUUAUUGAGGAUUUCGGAUGAGAACAAAGGAAGGGCGGGAGGUAUCUUGAAGAGCUUGAUGAACAUUGAAGGGGAUCUAAUAGCCAGCAAGACUACGUGUGAUGGCGAGGAACAGGACGUCUUAUUUCUACCCGAGGAAGAUUUUGAGGAGGAUCAAAAGGAGGAACUAUUUUUUGAUGAUAUCUCUGCGGACGAAAAUAGCCUUUUCUCAUGGGAUGAAAAAAGCGAAUGCGGCGAGGGAGGCAAAAGUGACAGUUUGUUUGGUUGGGAAGACGAGGAUGAGUCUUCGUUGUUUGAGACCCCCAGAAGCCCACUUAUGGGCCUGGGACUCUUUGCAAACGAAAAUGAGCUCCCUUCCCUUGAAAAUCAUGAGUCUGAAUCUUUGUUUGCACCCGAAACAUCCACCGAGAAUGUGGGGGACGAGGAUAUGAUAUGGAUUUAA